CUCGGCUCGAGGCAGCACGCUGGCCAUGUCGGGCAUCUCGUUCAAGAUCAGCGCGCCCUCGCGGCCCUCGACCGCGUCUGCGCCGCCGACCCGGCCCUCGAGCGGCGCCGGGCACCACCGCCGCGCGGCACCGGGCUCGGCUCGCCACGGCGACUCGUCGGACGAGGACGGCGAGGGGGCAGACGGGGCACAGGGCCGCGGGCAGGGCAGCAGGAAGAGGGCGCGGCUGGACCAGGACGGCGAGGAGGUGGUCGAGUUUGGGGCUGGAGGCGCAAAGAGCAAGCACGCCAAAGCCGCCCCGGCCGGCCCGCUCGUCAUCCCCGCCCUCCCGAACAAGGACUGGCGCCAAGCCGCCGAGCAGAUGCGCGCCGGCCGUCCCGGCGCCGGCGGCCGCACCAAGAAGCAGCUGUACCUCCCCGAGACGGGCGGCGGCAUGAGCAUGACGUCGCGCAUCGAGGGCGCACCGCCGCCGAAUGCCUCAGCUGCAGCCGAGCUCGCCGACCAGAUCAACGCGGCCCCCGUCGUCGGCGGCCUCGAGCAGCCGGUGCGGCGCGCGCGAGACGGCGAGGGCGAGGGCGCCGCCGCACCAGCCGAUGCCGCACCGCCGCCGCCACCGCCACCCGUCGAGGCUCGUGCCCCGAUGACGGACGAGCAGCGCGCGCUGCGAGAGCUGCUCGGGAGCGCCGAGGGCGGCGCCGGCGAGCAGGAGCAGGAGCUCGCCGCCAUCUACUCGGGCCCGGACGCGCGCACCGGGCCGACCGACGAGGGCGACGCGUUCAAGCAGGACGUCUCUUCUCGACCCGACCAGUCGACCCUCGACGACUACGCGCGCGUGCCCGUCGGCCAGUUCGGCCUCGCCAUGCUGCGCGGCAUGGGCUGGCAGCCGGGCCAGCCUGCGUCUCGCUCGGGCCGCGCCGGCCCCACCGAGGCGUACGUGCCCGCCGCGCGGCCGCACAUGCUCGGCAUCGGCGCCAAGCCCAUGGCCGAGGCGAUGGGGGGCGCGGGAGGGGCAGCGGGCGGCAGCGGCGGCAAGGGCGGCAAGAAGGAUCAGCCGAGGAGGAUGGGCAGGGACGAGAUGCGGUUCGUGCCGCUCCUCAAGCAGGCUCGAGCGAGUGGCGGCGAGAGCGCGUCGGGCUCGGGGCGAAGCACGCCUCUCCCGCUCCCCUCGACCGACCGCAACGGCUCGGGCCCCUCCUCGCGCCGCACCUCGCGCUCCCCUCCCCCAUCCUCGUCCCGCCGCGACCGCGACCGCGACUACGAGCGCGACCGAGGCUCGUCCCGCCGCGACAGGGACGACGAGCGCUCUUCGUCGCGCCGGGACCGCGACCGCGACGAGGGCAGGUCGUCGUCGCGGCGCGAGCGCGAGCGGGACGAGCCGCGCGAUGGGCACCGCGAGAGGGAGCGGGAGCGCGAGCGAGGGUCGUCGACGAGGGAGAGGGACUACGAGCGCCGGGACGAGCGCAGGGAGCGGGACCGCGGCGACAGGAGGGACCGGGAGCGGCGGUAG